UUUGCGCCUGGGAAAACAGCACCCGUAGCGAGCGCAAGAUUGAGGCUAUUGCCUAGCUUCGUGAGCACAAGGAACGUCGGCAGGCCAAGAACGUCAAGCCCAAGUCACCAUAAACAAUCUCAUGCGCUUCCUCUCCUUGAUUUCCUCCUUCCUUGUGAUUCACAUCGUGCUGACGUAUCAACACGACAGCAUCGCCUUGCAAAUCAAAGCAUGUACAUUCCGCUAUCACCAGCGUGACUGGGGCGGCCGCACCGCUACCAUUUUAAUAAUGUUCGCCAACCUCGUCCUGCUACGGUUUCGAGAUCCUCAUUGCCAGCGAGGUCCAUGGCAGUGUUUUAACCUCUUCGAGUGUCGUCCUAUCCGAACCGCAUCGGGGACUCGUGGAUCUUUGCUAGUCCGGUGCUGCACUGUCUCUGGUGACACGUACAUCACACCUACGGAUACACCCAUGCCCACGUCUGGCGGAAUUUUGACAUACUCGGUAUUUUCUGGUCGGCUUCAUGCUUAUCAAUUUGCUGGCUACGGAACUUGGUUCAUCCAACACCAGCACCGCCGAGGAUUUAGUCUUCCGAAGGGGCCACGUUCCCAUCCGUCUGCAGCAAAAGGCUAAGGACGCCGAAAAGACUUUGACGUUCAACCCGCCACAGGGUAUGUCGUGCGCGCAAUAUCUGGGUCCGAUGAUGCUACAGAACACCCGAACGCGACUGCGUCAAGUAGGUACUGUGCUUUCAGUGUGGCGGAUCAGUAUUUGGCGAGCGCAAUGGCUGUUUGGUAUAACCAGUUCAUUCAGAAGAUCUAUGGUGGAUAGGUAGGUUAUAGACUGGCAAAUUUGAUAAUGAGAGAUGCCCGAAUGUUGAGCUCUUCCAUCUACUGUCCCGCGGCU